AUUGACACUUCUUGACGACUGUCGUUGAGUUAUCCGUGAUAAAUUUGUUAUGGAUUCGGUCUUUUUUUUCUCUUCUGCAAGAUACGUACGUGAGCUUAUAUUGCAUGAAACUUGACAACUUAAAGAAGAGUAAUUGACUUAAGUGAAUGAAUGCUAAACAUGGAUAUAAGAACUGAAAUGAACAUAUCUGAAGACGAAAUUCAGGCUGCAAACUUCUCUACACCAGCCACUAUCCAAGUUGAGGGUGUCUUUCUAGACGGUCUGGAAGACAGUACAAAACUGGUGGGUGUUCAAGUGAUCUUGAUUUUGGCUUACAGCACCAUCAUCAUCUUUGGCGUGACCGGGAACUCCUUGGUCAUAUAUGUUGUGUACAAGUUUAGAAAUUUACACACGGUGACUAACUAUUUCAUUGUCAAUUUGGCUGUAGCAGAUCUGUUGGUCAACACGUUGUGUUUGCCGUUUACUUUGAUGUACACACUCUAUGGAGAGUGGAAAUUCGGACAGGUGAUGUGCUACCUGUUGCCGUACGCACAAGGCUUAGCGGUCCACGUUUCGACCAUCACACUCAACGUUAUAGCUCUGGACAGAUACCGCAGCAUUGUCUACCACAUGGAAACCAAGAUGUCAAAAGACAUGUGCAUAGUCGUCAUCGUGAUCACAUGGGUGGCAAGCGCAAUCCUUGCCAGUCCUCUAGCCAUCUUUCGUGAAUACGUGACCUUUGACUUGACGCCUCACCAGACGAUUCAAGGUUGCGCCGAGAAGUGGCCUGGUAGUAGUGCGGAUGGGACCAUCUACAGUAUCGCCAUGUUUUUUCUACAGUACGGCCUGCCGUUGUCAAUCAUUUCAUUUGCAUACACUCGGAUCUGGAACAAGCUAAGAAAUCACGUCAGCCCUGGCGGUGGCCGUAGCGACCGUCAUCAACGGCGACAGAAAACGACAAAAAUGUUGGUUGCUGUAGUUGUGGUCUUCACCGUUAGCUGGCUACCCUUUCACGCCUUUCAGCUUGCUGUGGAUAUUGAUAGUAGUAUAUUGGAAAUGAAAGACUUCAAAUUGCUCUAUACAGCUUUCCAUAUUGUGGCCAUGUGCUCCACGUUUGCCAAUCCCAUUCUCUAUGGCUGGAUGAACAGGAACUAUAGAAAAUCUUUUAUGGCUGUGUUCAAGUGUGGACGGUUAAACAAUGGGAUGAAAAGGGUUUGUAGCAGUGAGACAGUAAGGGAGAAAUGUACACGCAAUAAGCAAAGUACAAUCAGUGUGGCCUUCACACAAGAAAACACGCUGCUGUGAAGGCUGUUUGCUUUUUACAAAAUAUGGACAAAAACCCAAAAAGUCUACUGUAAAGAAGGAUUGUAUGUAAAUCUAAAGACGGAACAUUGACAUUUGUGGUGACUUUGUGACUAAACACUAGUUUGAGAUAUUUUUUGUUGUUGUUGUAAUGUAGUAUGUAUUUGGUUUUAUAUGAUCUGUAAAAAG